GGCUCGGCCCGGCCGCCGGUGCGCGGCUCUAGGAGCGCCCCGGGCCCGGCCCGGGCGGCUGCGGCGGCGGCUCUAGCCCGAGGCCUCGGUGGCACCCGCGCGCCGCGCCGCAGCCAUGGCCCUGGUGACCCUGCAGCGCUCGCCGACGCCCAGCGCCGCCUCCUCCGCCAGCAACAGCGAGUUGGAGGCUGGCAGCGAUGAGGAUCGGAAGUUAAACCUCAGCUUAAGCGAGAGCUUUUUCAUGGUGAAAGGAGCAGCCCUCUUCUUACAGCAGGGAAGCAGCCCUCAAGGCCAGCGAAGCCUGCAGCAUCCCCACAAGCACGCAGGUGACUUGCCCCAGCAUCUGCAAGUGAUGAUCAACCUUCUGCGUUGUGAAGAUAGAAUCAAGCUGGCCGUGCGCCUGGAGAGCGCCUGGGCGGAGCGGGUCCGGUACAUGGUGGUGGUGGACAGCAGCGGGCGCCAGGACACGGAGGAGAGCAUCUUGCUGGGCGUCGACUUUUCCAGUAAGGAAAGUAAAAGCUGCACCAUUGGGAUGGUUCUCCGACUGUGGAGCGACACGAAAAUCCACCUUGAUGGCGACGGUGGCUUCAGCGUCAGCACCGCAGGAAGGAUGCACGUCUUCAAGCCCGUAUCUGUCCAGGCCAUGUGGUCCGCCCUGCAGGUCCUUCACAAGGCCUGCGAGGUGGCAAGGAGGCACAACUACUUCCCCGGGGGCGUGGCUCUCCUCUGGGCCACCUACUACGAGAGCUGCAUCGGCUCCGAGCAGAGCUGCAUCAACGAGUGGAACGCCAUGCAGGACCUGGAGUCCACGCGGCCCGACUCCCCCGCCCUGUUUGUCGACAAGCCAACGGAAGGGGCGAGGACCGAGCGCCUCAUCAAAGCCAAGCUCCGCAGCAUCAUGAUGAGCCAGGACCUGGAGAACGUGACCUCCAAAGAAAUCCGCAAUGAAUUGGAGAAACAGAUGAACUGUAACUUGAAAGAAUUCAAGGAAUUCAUAGACAACGAGAUGCUGCUCAUCCUGGGGCAGAUGGACAAGCCCUCCCUCAUCUUCGAUCACCUUUAUCUCGGCUCUGAAUGGAAUGCAUCCAAUCUGGAGGAGCUGCAGGGCUCAGGUGUUGACUACAUCUUAAAUGUCACUAGAGAAAUAGAUAAUUUUUUCCCUGGCUUAUUUGCAUAUCAUAACAUCCGAGUCUAUGAUGAAGAGACAACAGACCUUCUCGCCCACUGGAACGAGGCGUACCACUUUAUAAACAAAGCCAAGAGGAACCACUCCAAAUGCCUGGUACAUUGCAAAAUGGGUGUCAGCCGCUCCGCUUCCACGGUCAUAGCUUAUGCGAUGAAGGAAUUCGGCUGGCCCCUGGAAAAAGCGUACAACUACGUGAAGCAGAAGCGCAGCAUCACGCGCCCCAACGCCGGCUUUAUGAGGCAGCUGUCUGAGUAUGAAGGCAUCUUGGACGCGAGCAAACAAAGGCACAACAAGCUCUGGCGCCAGCAGACCGAGAGCCGCCUCCAGCAGCCUGGGGAUGACCUCGCGGGGUCCGGGGACUUCUUGCCGGAGACCCUGGGUGACACCCGGGAAGCCCGGCUGUCCUGCUUGGACGAUGCUGCCCAGCCUGGGUUCCCAGGAGGAGGAGGAGGACCCUCUCUCUCCUGCUGCUUCCGGCGGCUCUCAGACCCCCUCCUGCGUUCCCCCAGCGACGAAACCGGCGGCCUGGUCCAGCUGGAGGAUCUGGAGAAGGAUGCUCUGUUGGAUGAAGCAGCUCAGCCUCCAGCAGCGCCCAAGCCAGCCCGACCUCCCCAGGAAGGCCCCGGGCCCUGUGAGAAGGAGGUGAAGAAGAAAGCAGAGUUUGGAAGCCCGAAAGCCCAGAGUGGCCCCUUGCCGCCGGUAGAGGAGAUGGAAAGGGAGGAGGCUCCCGGAGGAGGGAGGUGCGGCAGGUCCCCGGCCCAGCUGCCUAAGAACCUGCUCAACCGGGAAAACCUAAAUAAUAACAAUAGCAAGAGGAGCUGUCCGGACGACUUUGAGCACGAUGCUCUCUUUGGGAUCCUCAACAAAGUGAAGCCUUCCUACAACUCCUGUGCCGACUGCAUGUACCCUACAGCCAGCGGGGCUCCCGAGGCCUUCGGGGAGCGGCGCGAGGCCCCUGGGGCCCCCGCCAUCUGCACCCAGCCAACCUUCCUGCCCCACCUCACGUCCUCCCCGGUGGCCCACACAGCCAGCCGGUCCCGAGCCCUGGCCCUGGAGAAGCUGGCCUCCGGCCCCCCCGAAACUCCCCCACUCCUGCCACCAGCAGGCCCCAGGAGGCCGGACCCCGGGGGCCCUGGGCCCAGGGCUGCCCCAGAGCCGCCGGCCAGCCCUUUGGAACCUUCCAGAGAGACCCCAAAAGUCCUGCCAAAGUCCCUCCUUUUGAAGAAUGCUCACUGUGAUAAGAACCCUCCCGGCAUGGAAGUGGUAAAGGAGGAAUCGCCACCCAAGAAGGACGUGAAGCCGGCCAAGGACCUGCGGCUGCUGUUCAGUAAGGAAGCCGAGAAGCCGAGCGCACACAGCUACCUGAUGCAGCACCAGGAGUCCAUCAUCCAGCUGCAGAAGGCGGGCUUGGUCCGCAAGCACACCAAAGAGCUCGAGAGGCUGAAGGGCGCGCCCGCAGACCCGGCGGCCCCCCUCAGGGACGGCCCCGCCAGCAGGCUGGAGGCCAGCAUCCCCGAGGAGAGCCAGGACCUGGCUCCUGACCUGCUGCCGCCGGGGGCGAGCGACGAGAAGCCAGAAGCCACCCCCGUCCCGCUGGAGGGAGCCUCGCUGAAGAGCCCCUCUCCCUUCCUCUGCCGCCUGGACCACACCAGUCACUUCUCGAAAGACUUCCUGAAGACCAUCUGCUACACGCCCACCUCGUCCUCCAUGAGCUCCAACCUGACCCGGAGCUCCAGCAGCGACAGCAUCCACAGCGUCCGCGGGAAGCCGGGGCUGGUGAAGCAGCGGACGCAGGAGAUCGAGACGCGGCUCCGGCUGGCGGGCCUCACCGUCUCGUCCCCGCUCAAGCGCUCACACUCUCUUGCCAAGCUCGGAAGCCUCGACUUCUCCACAGAAGACCUGACCAGUGAGGCCGACGUGUCCACCAUCGCCGACUCCCAGGACGCCAAGUCGAGCGAGGCCUCCUUCUUGCACGAGCCCCAGGCCACCCCGCGGAACCCAGCCGCCCCCUCGAAACCAUCAGGGAAACCCGCGCCAGAAAACUUGAAAAGCUCCUCGUGGCUGAGCAAAAGCUGACCCGCCAUCCGCUGAUCACAUGACCCCUCCCUGAGGCUCACCAUGGGUUUCGGUCAGCCCCUCGUGUCUCGCUUUCCCUCAAACAGCGGCGUUUAAGAACUCGCAGCCCGGGAGGAAAGGGGAGUGUGUGUUGCGUGGCCAGCAGACUCUGAGCCCGAGUCAUGCGUUUCCCAGAAGAAUCGUGCUGCAGGGCAUGUACAGAUCCGCACACACGUCAGAGUACUCCGUUUGCAACAGGCACAGAACAGCUGUGGUGGCGGCCUCGCCGCCCGGCGCACGGUCCUAGCUCGUUCAGCCCGCGUGGGCAAAGUCUUGGAUGGCAAUAUCAGUCCUACCUCUGUUCUUGCUGUGCUUUUUAUGUCUAAAAUACAGUGAUGACCAAGGCUCAUUCCAGGGAAUACUGCUGUGUCAGAAAAGGGGUUCCCAAGAAGGAAUUUGGCUGUUGUUGUUUGGGACCCCAAAAGGUGUUAGGAUUUCUGACUUGACCAUACCGAGCCCUGCAAGGUACAGGGGUUCGAAGGCGUCCGAGGCUGUUGCGGAACCAGCUCUGGGGCGUGGGCCUCUGUGCUGCCGACUCCUCGGUGCUGGCGUGUGGUGAACGCGGAGUGAUGUGCCUCUGGCCGCACCGGGGUCCGGUGGGGGAGGAACGUGUGUGAUGUCCUCAGUUGUUGCUUAUGGUGGAUUUCAAAUUGCCCCCCCGUCUCGGGGGAGAACCCAGGAGCACUGUUGGUCUCCUCUGCUGUUGAGCGCCGUGGCGGGGAAGAGGUGUUGACAGUGUCCGGGGGCCCGGGGUCCUGAGAUGCAGACUGUCCUGCCAGGGACCCGGCACUCAGGUUCACUCAUUGUCACAUCUGCUGGUAUUUGGGGGGGGCGGGAGAAGACCCAGUAGUGAGAAACGAUCAGUUCCUCCCUAAGAGCAGCUUCUGUGAAAGAAACGUGACUGUUGCAAAGAUUUUCCAUGUUUACAGUUGCCCCUUCCUGGUGGGGACGCUGCUGCCCGCUCCUCUCUGGCGGCUCCCAGUGGGAGGACGGGGCGCGGGAGGGCCUGCGGUCCCCGCCGGGCUCUGAGCGGCCGCGUUAGAGUCAGGUGAGCUCAGUGCCUCGAUACCUCGGCUCUGAGCUUGAGUGGAGGGUCGCCUGGUGUCGGUCAGCAAGACAGGAUGUUAACAUUUUGAGAAGAGAGAAGGGGCUCGGUUAGAAAGGUUGAAUUCAGGGGUCAGCAAACUAGUAUGUGGUCCCAUGAGCUAAGAAUGGUUUUUACGCUUUUCAGGGGUUACCAAAAAAAUUAAUAGGCAACGAAGACCACGUAGCCUGCAAAGCCUAAGAUGUUUAUUGUCAGGCCCUGUACAUGCAAAGUCAGCUGGCCCCUGGGUCUGUCGGACAGCACAGGCCACCCAGAGCCCUCUUGGAAGAAACGGGGCCUCUUGACGCCUCCGGCCAAAUCCUUCUCCCAACCCAGACCUUGCAGCCCACCCCAGGGUACCUCCUGCAGGGCGGGGCGGCUGUGUUUGGGCGGGACACUCCUGGCUGGUCUGCCAGGUUAAUUCUGUGAAACUAGAAGGCCUUCCAGAACCAGCCAGAUUCUGAAAGGGGGUGAAUGAGUUGCCAUCAGACAUUGGUCAGAAUGGGACCCCCGACAGCCAUCUUUCUAGAAGUACCAGGCAGGGGCUUCGGGGACCAGGCUAGUCCAUAUUUCAACCAGUGCGAGAGUUUGUUUUGGUUUGUUUGUUUUUGUUUUUUGUUUUUUGCAAAAACCCUCUCUCCAGCAACUUUUUCUCCCCAACUGUAUCCUUUUUAAAAAAAUAUAUGUUAUUUUUACUUUAUAGGAAUUUUUUUUUCCCACCACCAUUCACUGAAACCACCUUAAAAGGUGAUUAUUCACUUUUCCCAAAACCCCUUUUAGGUUUUUCGCCCCCUCUCUCAGCCAACAAAAGCAUAUUCUCAAAAAUAAAUAAAUAAAUAAAAAAUCAAGUUCAGUAUGUCUUGCCAAAUUAAAUUUCAUGUGGUGGAUCAAUUUUUGUGUCAAAAUAAUCCUUUAGGUUUGGUGAUGAAAGGCUGUUUUGCUUUUUUAAACCAUGUGUAUGAGAGCGAUACAUUUUUGAAAACUUUAAUUUUGAAAGCCAUAAUUUUUCCUAUCCAGUGAAAAGGUGGGAGGAGGAUGACAGGUCUGAGUGGGUUUUUGGCUUUUGUCGAAAUUAUCGAUGCAUUUCUCAGAAGCACAAUUUGUAUAUUAACAUCAAAAACCAGGGCCCCAUCGUCAGAACAAAACGAAGAGGCAUCCUUGAGGUGGUGGGUAGGCUUUUCCCACAGACCCACGUCAGUUGCGUGUUGACAUCUGGCAAAUCGCUACCUGAAAUACACUGACGAGAGCAUCCUGCCAGGCAUGUUGCUCUCUGAAAGGAAGGUUUGCCCCCUACGCUGCACCGUAUCCUCCCCGAUGUUCAGUCUGUACUCUUCGCUGGUGGGGAAAAUUCCUAAGGCGAGUGGCACAAGUCAGAGGCAGGGUGCGUGCCCUGGAAGUCCUGGACAUCGGCGACUGCCCCCUUCGUGGAAUGCCGUUGUCUGAUGAGAGAACAAACAUUUUCUCAGCUGCAUUUCAUUGUCACCUCACCUUCCCCAACCCCCACCCCCACUUUUAGUCACAUGGCACGCCAAAGGUUCGAGGGAACUAGAUCUUCCUGUUGCACUGGUACAGGGGGUCACCUUGCCAGGAGUUGUUAGGUAUAAGGGGGAAGCUGAUCCUGGAGCUAGGAGAUGCCACUUUGACGAUGUCGCUUUCCAUUUCUUUGUCUUGGAGCAAUGUCUGUCAUUGCGUGAGCUUCUUCAGAACAAGGUUCUUACUCUUGCCGUUUCCCUGCCUCCUUGGUCUCAGACUCCUGGGCUGGUGACAGCUCUCUGCCAGGUGAUGACACCCUGCCCACCUGGUGUGCAGGUCACUCAUCAGGCCCUCAGGUGGCUGCAUGCUCCAGCCCCCUUCCCCCCUCCACCCGCCCUCGCCCUCGCAGCUGAAAGCAUUCCAGCCCAUCCUAAAGCCUCUUCCCUCGUGGGCACGCCCAGAGGAUGCCACAGGUUGGAGCCAAGUUUGCAAUAGAAUUAACACUUUCAGGACAGCACUGCACCCCGGCCGUCUUGUCUCCCCCCACAGGCCCGAUCCUAGAAGAUGGAUGAAUCCCCCUGCUCCCCCGGGGCUGUUUCCAUUGGGA